CCCAGCGCUUCCCGCCGGCUCCCUCAGGACUUACCGGGAGUCAGGAGCCGCCGCAGCCCUCGGCGGCCGCCGGAGCCCCGCUCCCGGCAGGAGAGGAUGAUGAGGUGAGAGCACGGUGCCGGGACGGACAACAGCGGAGCAGUGGCUGCCUUAGAGCUGCAGAGAAAUCUACAGAAGGUUUCUUCCUCCUGGCCAAUGCACUCUAGUUCUGCAGCCGCUCUGUGCCGUGGUUUUGCCGUCUCCUGGCUCCAAGGGCUCCUCUCGCCAUGAGCUCCUUCGAGGAGGCCGAAACAGAGGAGACAGCGACGUGCCUCCACCUGACCUUCUACCACCCCGGGCAGGCUGAGAAGAUGAUGUUCCGCUGCCUGGAUUUCUGCCGGCGGCAGCAGCUGCGGGCGGAUGACACGGCCAAGUUCGGCCGCGACUCCAGCCUGUGCCGCUACAGCCUGGUGGACACGCGCGUCUCCCGCAUCCAGUUCUCCCUGCAGUUCUACAGGAAGCUCCACAGCUCUGAGUACGCCUUCGAGAUCAAGAACCUGAGCAAGAAAACGAAGCUGACCGUCAACCAAACAGAGCUGGGUUACUUGAACAAAACCGACCUGCCCUGGAAGUGCAUCAUCUGCUUCGGGGAAUACCAGGUCCUGGCAGAGAUUCAAGAAGGGGAGGCCGUGGAUUAUUUUGAGACUCAUUUGCACUUGGCUGAAGCACCCAUCUUACAAGAAAGGUGCCUGCCAUCCCUGCAGCCUGUUCCUGAGAAUGGCAUUUCUCCUUCCUUUCCUCCUGGCCAAGGCAAAAGCCCCACAGAGAUUGAUGAGAACGAGAUGUGCUAGCGGGGAGAAGGAGGCUGGAUCAUGUUUUCUGGCCUCCAGCACACAUAGCUCUCACCUCAGCCCAGUGUUCUUGGUGGUGCUCACUGACUGCUGCACAUCAGUCUUCUUUACUUGCUGUUAUCAGCACAGGCAUUCCAGAGCACUGCUCCCUCCACAGGAAUGGAUUCCUGACACUGCCUUCUCAGAGGGCUCUCUGAUGCCCAGAAAGGUGUGGGAGACAAGGAGUCACUCAAAUCCACAGAAUCCCAGAACUAUGGCCACGUGCUUUGGAGGGACAUUUAACAGGCACUAAUACAGAGCGUGCACAGCAGGGUUUUGGUCCCAACCACGGGGUGACACAGUGUCUUGUUGCAUAUUUUACUUUGUGCUCUGCUUUGCACACCAAAUCCCAAACAGUAUUUUUUGCAAGCCUACGUUGUGACUUCACAGAUUUUGCAACUUAGAAACACUUUGUCCUUUUAUGUUUUUAUUAGCUUCAAAGCAAUGUUUCUUUUUUAUUGUCACUUAUUUAAUUAACUUUUUUUUUUUUUUUUGCAAGUUAACUACUUUCGCUUGUGACAUAGACAAACAUGUUGCAUCAAUGAUCAUGGUCUAUAAAAGUCCACAAUUAUUUUGCAAUAAAUACAUUUUGUUCCCUAGUAAGGGUUUGCUCUGUUGUAUAGCUGCACUCUAAAAGAAUUUUUGGAGAAUAAAAUUAUUUCCAGGACCGUCGAGAUAAGAGAUUGUCACUGGGCUUUCCAAAGAUGCCGUGGCUCCAAGGUAAGAAUUUACUUAAAUACUUCCAGGAAGUUUUCUACCUCUACUCCUCUACCCAAACCUCUCUGAUAAUUUUCUGGUCUUUUAAGUAUUUCUCAGAUUGUUUCAGUCAAAUUUUUCUUUGUCAGGGGCUCAGCUUUUCAUUGGCGUUUGGCUUUUUUAUUUUGGCAAGGAUUUUAGCUUGCUUGAAAGACACACUGGGGAAGAAUAGGAGUUACCCACUUCAUCACCCCUGAAUAUUAGGAUGCAUUUCAGCAUUAAUCAUUCCAAGAAAACCAUAAUUAUAACUGAGGGGAGGAACAGCUGGGAUUAAGGCAACCAACCACGAGUGAGAGAAAGCCACAUGGGAGAGGCAAUGAAACUCAAACACAGGCUUAUGCAGGAUUUGCCUGUUCAUCUCCUCUGUGACAAAAUUACUUUGUUGCCAUGUUUUCCACUCUUGGAAGCCGGCUGUGGUUUCCAAACAACAAUCACUUGCUCAGCUGUGUUUACCUGAGGAAAAAAUCAAUCGUGUAAAAUGCAUAUUAAAAAAUGGAUUGUCUCCUAUCACUACAUUGAUCUGACCAGCAGAAGGUGAUUUAUACAAGGAAGGUUAUUUUGCCUUUAAAGGGUGUGGGUACAGCUGCUCACAUCCAACAGGAGAAGGGCUCCAUGCUCCAAAUUCCCCAGGUCUUCUGCAACAGGUCCCCAGAAGGGACACUGUGGGAUUCAGCAGAGCUCUGACAUGGCUGCCACA